GUUGAAUAUUGAAACGUUCUUGAAUUAGAAAACGUUCAUAAAGUAUAACGCCAACAUAGCAAUUUUGUCUUAUCUGCAGAUUUGUUCAGCAUAUUUGUUACAACUACGAAUCUCGCAGCAAACGCCACGGCGGCUUAGGCAUUCAAGACUGCUUAACGUUUCAUUCUUCCAAGGCUUCUCCAAUUCAAAUUCUACAAAUCAGCCUUACAAAAUCAUGUCAUUCAUCGUCCCUCAACUUGGUAGUUCACACAUACCACUGACAGUAAGACAAGAAGCUCUUGACCGAGUAUUCGCAGAUCCUGGAAUUCCAGAUGCAGUUCAUUCAACAAAGUCAUUUUGGAUGAAAGAACCGCAUCCCGAUGUUGCUAGUGUACAGUCAGAGCACCUAUCAGAAUUUGCAGAUUAUGUCAUUAUCGGUUCUGGAAUUACUGGUGCCUCUGUCGCACAAGCUUUGUUGGAGGGUCUCGCAACGGCCAGUCCAUUAGAAGUUCAAUCUUCGCCGCAUCCAAAAGUGAUCAUGCUAGAAGCUCGAGACAGCUGUAGUGGUGCCACGGGAAGGAAUGGCGGGCACAUUUUAGAAACCGGUGAGGAGUAUACCGUGCUCAAAGAACGUUUGGGUAAAGAGGAAGCCACUAAAAUUCAUAAACUGCGCAUGUCCCAUCUUGAAGCGCUAAUCAAAAGUGCGGAAGAUUUGGGAUUGACUGAAGAGACACAAGUGCGCAAAGUACGUUUUCUAAGUGUGUAUUUUCACCAAGAAGCUUGGGAAGAUGUUCGGAAAGAUAUAGAGCUUUUUAUGGCCGAGAUGCCGGAUGACUCCAAGGGAUGGGGUUUUAUCGAAACCAAUGAAUUAGCAAAGGACUUUGGAAUCCCAAAUGCUGCUGGUGCAGUGACCGGCAUUGCAGGCGCCAUGUGGCCCUACAAAUUUGUCACUGGAAUUCUAGCGCAUUUACGAAAACAGUUCGCAUCAGACUUCCUCCUCGAAACAAACACUAGCGUUUCAGAGAUCCGCGGAAGCAAUGACUACUACGAAGUCAUGACCCCAAGAGGAACCAUCAAAACCAAACACGUGAUCCACUGCACCAAUGCUCACAUCGGGCAUCUCGUCCCCGGCAUCAAAGGCUGCAUAUUCCCCAUCGUCGGGCAAAUGUCCGCACAACCCCCCGGAGAUAGAUUCAAGCCCCAAAGCGACCACUCCUGGAUCUUCAACUACGAUCGCGGAUUCGACUAUCUGACCCAACUUCCCGUCACCUCGGCCUCCAGCGGUGAAAUGAUGAUGGGCGGUGGAUAUGCUCAGACUCAGGGAGGCGGAAUCCACGAGACGGGCAUCAGUAAAGAUGCAGAAUUAAACAUGUAUGCGAACAUCCAUCUCCGCGGCGUUCUCGGCGCGGUUUUCGCACCAGAGAACUGGGGCACCGUGAAAGAACCAGCCGUGACGGCAAUGUGGACAGGCAAUAUGGGAUUCAGCACAGAUGGUUUACCAUGGGUAGGCAAAUUACCCGCGUCUCUAACAGAGAGGACCACAACGACCGGGCAAGGAGCCGAGUGGGCGGCGGCGGCCUUUUCCGGCGAGGGAAUGGUUCACGCGUGGUUAUCGGGGAAGGCGCUGGCGGAAAUGAUACAGUCGUAUGAUGCGCGUGCAAGUGGAGUUGCGACGGUUCCGGAGUGGUUUCCAGAUGCCAUGGUGAUUUCGGAGAAGCGAUUGGCGACUUCGAGAUUAGCAAGGGAUGCGCAGGCGGAGUUGGAACGCGCUGUUUUGUGAGCGGUGGUACAUGAUGUAUGAUGUAUGAGCUACGUCUCUGCAUAGCUAUUCCACAAUGUGAUAUCUAUCGUUUCCAUAAUGACCUUUUUAUCA